AUGGGAUAUAGGCAGCAUCCUGCACAACUAUUAUAUACGAGAGAAUCCGAUUAUCCACCUCAUCAGGCAGGAACGGCUUUAUCUCAGUUUGGACAUGUUUCACGAAAUGCUUCGGUGCAAAUUCCACCAUCUCGACCAAGAAGGUUUCCUGCAAGUUUAUUUUCACAGCCACCUACACAACCCCAACACAUUCAAUACUCGAGACAAGAACCCCCGAUUCUACCACAGCGGUCUCGCCAACAACAAAUGCAACAACACGUUCCUCCACCUCAACCAGACUAUUUGCUGAAUCAAUACCAAUACCAAGAUGGGAUGAUCGGUAGUCAUCAUACUGAUCCUUUUUACAAUCAACAAUCUGAAACAGCGCUAAACCCAUACAUUCAAUAUCGGCAAUCAUCGCAUAGAUCUAUACCAGUUCAUAACGAGUACAACACGACCCGUUUUCCAACAAUGAAUCAUCGUCCUACCCAUUCGACUCCUUUUAAAUUAUCGAGUCGUGUAGAUAUCCCCCCGGGUCCAUCGCUUCAUCUCGAUUAUGAGGAAAAACAAUGGCGUAUACAGCACGCCGAAAUGCUUAAACAAACAGCUCAGCAGAAUCAACAACGACAAAGCAAAGUAGUGAAUAAGCAACGAGAUCGUGGUAGAAUGAUUCCAUAUUUACAGGACGAAAAUAUCAUUCAGGAGGGAUAUCCUUUGAUGCAACCAUCAUUUUCACAAAAUAUGACUGAAUCUAACUGGGAUACGGUUUCACAACCUGCAUUGUCAUCACCCACUCGAACCAAAACGGCUUCAAUUAAAAAACGUGCAGCAUAUCCUCCAUUGCAACCGAAUCAACCUUUAUAUCAAAGCAACGAAAUCUAUUCACCUGUAGAGCUUGCUUCCACAUAUGAUGAACCUUCUAAAGUGGUAGCUUCAACCUCAGUUGGAAUGACUAGAUCUGCAAAAGAAAUGGCACAUGAAAAAUACCUUCAUCGUUUAUCGACACCCACCACAAGCCGUCAAUCCAAAACCACUUUGGAACGGUACAAAAGUGAUCAUCCAGAUACUUUACACGGUCGCCAUAUGGGUGAUUCAAACAAAUCUUCAUCUUCACUUCCGAUUGCUGUAAACUAUAUUCCUUAUACUCACAGCGAGUAUCGUCAACUCAAAAGUCGUGAUUCUCAUAUGCAUCUACCAAAAGGUCUAGGAAGAAACGAUGAUGAAGAAUGGAAAACACAGUAUGAUAAACGUAUGCGUAUGCAUGAAUAUUCUGAAUUGAUUCGACAACGUGAACGUGAAUCUGGGCGUAAUGAUGGGAUGUUUGAUACUAUACCACAUGAUGUGAUUUCAUUCUCCAACGAUGAUAGCUUGAAACAUGAUCAAUAUCGACCACGCCGAAAACUUUCAGUAGUAUUCAGUGAUGACAUGGUAAUGAAGGAAUCUGUGCCAACAUAUCGAAACCGUAAAGUACUUGCUGGAUAUAAACCUACUUCGUCAAUACAUUCACGUGCUCACAGUAGCAAUAUUACCCCAGUAACAUCGAAUACUGUUCAAAAUGGAAAAGUCAAUAAGCUUGCAGUACUACCUCGUAUUUCUUCCAACGCUGAAUCUGUCAAACAAAAAUCGGAUUUGGAGACUAGAGUCAGUACAUCACAUGGUAAAAAGCUUAUAUUUUUAGACCCAACCGACAAAGAUAUAAUCACAAAAACUGCAGCGUCAGAGUCUCUCAACAACGUACCCGACAAGUCCAUGCUAGACCAAUCCGAAAUUCAAAAUAAUAUUGAGCGUGAUUCCAAAAACGUUGAUGAAUCUGUAUUCAACGUAAAUGACGUUUGCAACGAUACGCUUACACAUUCUCAAGCUGCGUCAGAUUCAUCGUCCAUGCCAACCGAUAUACAACCAUCAGAACCUAGUUCAAUAGACAAUGAUCAAAAUGAUGAUGAUCCAAUGCAUUUAGAUGGUACAAUCACAUCACAUUCGCAUCUUGAGGAUAUUCACACACCUCUCACACAUUCACAACUUGAAAUUGCAACAGUAUAA